GGCUCAGUUUUAAGAGGUCAUGGUCCAUCCUGGCGUUUCGGUGACUGAGCUCCUUCCGGUGCCUACCGUGGAAGACUCGGAGCUUUUGAAGCUCUUGCGGAGCGCCGGCUUGGAGGAAUGGUACUCCAAAUUUCUCUCUCUCGGCUGUGUGACCAUUGAAGAUCUUCGCCACAUGGAUGAGCGUCGCAUGGAUGAAAUGGGGCUACGUGCUGGGCACCGCAUCCGUUUGGAUGGUGUCUUGCCCACGCCGAAGACGACACCGCGACUGGCAGCGCAAGAGCUUGAGUCCCCACAGCCUCCACUGUGCCAAGAGGAGAACUGCAAGCAGAUGGCCAAAUUGACAUGUGGUGAAUGUAAAGGGCUAUUGUGCUCUACCCAUGCAAAGAGGAUCCAACAGAGACACAAGGACGGAGGGACCACCAUCAUAAGAGAGAUUCCUAGUUGUCCCGCAUGCUACACCAGAAGGAAGAAGACGGAUCAAUGCAAUACUAUGUUUCAAUGUGCUGCAGGUGUUUGUGUUGUCGUCCUUGGAGCUGGCAUCACAGUGAGCUUUGCAUAUCUAAUGAGGGUGGCUUCUGCUUAGCGGCUUAGUGCACAUGUUCACCAGAGGCGGGACCCCUGGGAUUACAGCGAGCUUUGCAGCUUUGCGUACAGAAUGAGGGCCGCUUUGACCUAUCACCAAGCAAGUAUUUAGGUGGCUUU